GCCAGGCACCUUUGCUGAAUUUCUGCUUCGCUUGGUAGCGGGGAAGUAGGGCAAUUUCUCCCACCAGCACUAUCGUUUCUUUCGUCGGACAAUAAUGUCACUCCCUACUCCUGCUCAAUGGACUGAACAUCGGAAUGCCGAAGGACGGACUUACUGGUAUCAUAGUGCCACUAAGCAAAGCUCCUGGGAAAGGCCCGAUGAGCUAAAGUCACCUUUCGAGCGCGCGCUGUCGAAAACCACUUGGAAAGAGUACUUCUCUCAAGGGCGCAAGUAUUGGUACAACACGGAAUCCAAGGAAUCCAAAUGGGACAUGCCUAACGAACUUAUGGAACUUAUGGAGAAGGUGGAAAAGGAACAAGCUUCCAAACCACCUGUAACAAGUGCCAGCCCAGUUUCUACUGUUGCGCCAACGGCGAAUCGUCCUCCCAGCUUCGUUCCCGGUAAUCUCAUUGGGCCGGCUUCCACCUUGCCAAUCACAGGCAGCUUAUCAUCUGGCACCACUCUUCCUGCCCGUCCUCUCGUCAAUGGUCUCCCCAUUUCAUCCAACUCCGUCCUCCCUGCAAAGCCCAGUGCGCCAGACGACCCUGUCAUUCCUAUCAAUGGAUUCCCGACAAAAGAAGAAGCUGAGAAAGCAUUUUUUCACUUGCUGAAGAAGGCAGGUGUUGACGCCACGUCGACAUGGGAUCGCACAAUGAGAGCAAUCAUCACAGACCCUCUGUACAAAGCCUUGCCGACGCUUGCUGAGAAGAAGGCGGCAUGGGAGAAGUACGUGGCCGAUCUGAAACAGAAAGAAAAAGAUGAACGUGAUGCGCGCCUCAACAAAGCCCGACCUGGCUUCAAAGCCCUGCUUUCUGGCAACCCGCAGAUCCUUUAUUACACCACUUUCAGGACUGCGGAAAGGCUAUUUUCUCAACAUCCUACAUGGUUGUCCCUCAAGAGCGUUGAUGAGCGAAGGCACUUAUUUGACGAGCACACUGAUGAACUCAAGAGUUUUGAGAUGACACGUGCACGGGAGACCAGAACGCGAGCCAUGCAAAAGUUAGUUGCUGUGUUCAAAAGCCUUAAAGUGGACGUGCUUUCUCGAUGGCGAGACACGCAAAGGGCUGUCUAUGCAUCUGACAUGUGGAAGGAAGACAUCGAGUUUAGGGAACUAGCUGACUUGGACGUUCUUCUCGCUUUCGAGGAUUUUAGCCGAGUCUUGGAGAGAAACUACGACGAUCAUCAUCGACGAACGGAGAUGGAGAGGAAUACUCUCGAAAGGAAGGCUCGCGAAGCAUUCAGGGAGUUGCUGGGCGAACUCAUAUCAUCGGGAAAGAUCAGGGCCAAAACCAAAUGGAAACAGGUUUACCCUCUGUUCCAGGAUGAUAAGCGAUAUCUCGAUCUCCUCGGAAAUCCUGGUUCAAACCCUCUUGAACUGUUUUGGGACACCGUAGAUGCUUUGGACCAAGAGCUAGAAAGCCAAGCGGCGAAAGUUGAGAAAGUUCUCGAAGCCAACCAGCUCCAAUUCACGAUUGAUAUGACCAAAGAGCAAUACUUGGGAGUCGUGCAAGCUGAUGCCGCCUUGCCGAAUUUCACUCGAGAGGAUUUAGAGCGCGUUUUUGAUCAUCUUCACGAUCUUCGCGCCAAGGCACUUGCGGAGGAACGUCGCAAAGCGGAGCGCCGUCAACGUCAUCUACAAGAUGAUCUACGAUACGCCUUGAAGAAAAUUUCUGCCAUCGAUAUUAACGGGUCCUACGAGGAUGCUGUCCCAUAUAUGGAACAACUGGAAGAGUUCCAGAAACUUGAGGAGGAAGGAAGGAGGGUAGCUUUUGCUAAAUUUGUCAAACGUCAAAAGGAGAAGCUCCGCGAGGCAUCGGAUGAUGGGAACUCCACGAGUGGGCGCCGCCGCAAGGAGCCACAUGGAGAAUUGGACUAUGGGGAUCGGGACCGUCCUCGAGAUUCAGAACGCUCAUCUCGUCAUCACCACCGUGAUGCCAUGGAGGUGGAGCCAUCUGACCGAAGUCCACACCCUCGCGAUAGAAGAAGUGCAUACGAUAGGAGGGAACGGAGUCGUGAGCGGGAACGCGAGCGUGAACGUGGGAGAGACAGGGAUUAUGAUAGGCGCUCUUACGACAGACGCCAUGACAAGGAUGAUGGGCGAAGCUCAAGGGGCCAUCAUCGAGAAGAAUAUCGCGAUAAACGGCGUCGUUCAAGGGACUUGUCGUCAGACAGGGCAGACUAUCCUGUUCCUCUCGGGGAGUCGCCUUAUCCAAAUCCGAAGGAUGUCGGCUUAAAGGGUGUCGAUGACGAACCAAAAGCAAAGCGAGUAAAAAUGGACGAGCAGCUCGCGGCCCCUCCCGCCAGAGAUUCGAGCCCGGAAGAGGGAGAAAUUUAAUGCGAAAAUUGAUCCACCAGGGCCACUGGCCUCUCAUCUUAGUUUUUCCUCUACUUCAAUUCCACUCAGACGCAUGAAAUAACAAGUGUCAUCAGUG